GAUACGAUAUGCAGUGUCAACCUCAGCUAUAUCCUCAGCCCCUACUUUGCCCUGAUAAGCUUCGGCACCUGUAUGCUACAAAUGCUCUGUGUCAUGGCAGAUGAUGGUUAUAACUCAGAGUAUCAAACUAAGCCUUGCAAAGAUGAUCCAACGGGACGUGGCUGCCCACAGUUCAGAGAUGGCCAAGUGUGUGGACGAUGUAUUAAAGGAACUAUGACACGUGUGAUGAAUGGCAAUUGCAGAGGUGAUCUCCUAUGUACAUGUCCACCAGUUGCUGAAAUAAAUGGUCAAACAGGAACAGCCCGUUGCCAAAUGCCUCUACCCACCUACUGAAAAUACCACACACAGUAGCUUGUUUGAUUUUUUCUCUUGUAC